CCCAUCCUUGUGCCCUGAGAUCCCUGGUAUUGCCUCAAGGUAUUGUCAUGACCACACAGGAUAACCAGUAUGUAAAAUGAGUUAUAUUUAUUCUACCAGUGACCUAGUAUAUCUUUAAUAUAUUACAAUCAAACAUUCUUAAUACUUAAUUAUAAAUGAUAAAUCUUAAAACUCAAUUAAGUUUUGUUUAUAUUUGUUUAUAUUUUCAGUGAUGUACUGUAAAAAAAAAAAAGUACAUAGUAAGUUGCAGUUACUAACAAGUACACCAAUGAGAGAUUUUGUUUUGCACAGUGUCUUGUUUCUCAGCACCAACCUAGGCCAUAUGAUGGACUAAUUUUUUUUAUAAACAUGACUGAGUAAAAAAACAUUUACCAUAUACCACUUUAUACCACUUUAUCCUGGACAGGGUGCCAAUCCAUCACAGGCACACGCACACACUCACACUAUGGGCAAUUCAGGAACACCACUUGUGGGUGGAAACUUGAGUACCCGAAGAAAACCCACUAAACACACAGAGAACAUGAAUACCCCAUGCACGUACAGUAGACCCGAGGCAGGAAUCGAACCUGGACCCUCCAGUUUAUCUGCCUAAGAGGCCGCCACCUCCGGUCCCAGCUAAAGCCUACCAGAGCACCAGAUACGUUGGGGAACAUCCACCCAGCAUGACUCGCUCCUGCUCUUUUUGUGAUUCUGUCCCACCAAGCAGAGGAGCGGUGUUAACACGGAGUAAUACCACACCUGUAAAUGAACCUCCUCCUCGACCCAUGGUUCCACCUCGGCUCUCAACAAUACAACAAAGAAAAACCUUACUCUACCAGUCCCACUCUGUUGAGCCUGCUGAACAUUUGUAUGAAAGCAUAGAUGACGGUCCAUCACAGAGGAAUUACGCAGAAGAUACAGGCUACGUGACAGUACUUCCAACAAAAACUUUGGCCGAAUCCAGUCCUAAGGAGAAGCUGCAUACUAAGUGUGGCGUAUUUGUGACUCAGCAGGCUUUGAAUUCUCCACCUUUUUGUCCAAGAAGUAUUUCAGUUGACUCUCCAGUACAGAAUUCCCCUCGGUGUCAGCAGGAUGCAGAGGCAAAUGCAGACUUCAUGGAAUGGUGGGAAUCAGAAAAGCCUUGGAAGGAAGUUGGAUUUUCUGACAUAAAGAAAGAUGAUGUAAAAGCAUUCACACAAAAAGCUGAAAAUCUAAAAAGAGCUCUUAAUGUGUAUGAUCAAAUCCUAUCUGAGCGUGGAGUGAAUCUGCGAUGGCACAUUAUAGAACUACAGAAGGUGGCCAAUGGCAUUGACAAAGUCCACAAGGGGGUAAAGAUAGCAGGCAUUACCGGGGGAGCUGCAGGGGCAGUAGGAGUUGCAGCCGCUGUUGGAGGUAUCAUACUUGCCCCAGUGACUUUGGGGGCUUCGUUAGCAGUGACUGCAGUCGGAGCUGGAGUUGCAGCAGCUGGAGGGGUCACUGGAGCCUCAGCUGCCAUCACCAACAAAGUCCACACCAAUAUGGACAGGAAGAAGGUGGAAAUAAUCCUAAAAGAUCAUUUUAAACAGAUAGAGGAAAUUGAGAUGUGUAUAAAGGUUAUCAGCUGUCAUAUUGAAUACCUGAAGAACCCAUCAACAUGGAGGGAGGUGGAUUGCAAUACAGUGAAGGUGGCUAAAAUGGCACAUAAGCUUGGAGACAGUAUAGGAGUGAUUGGAGCAGCCAGCAAGUCAUCAGAUCUGAUCAAAGGCUUCGCGCUGGGGUUAAACAUUUACUUUACCAAAGAAGAUUCUGAGCAACUUAAGAAGGGAUUAGAAGCCACAUUUUCCAAGACAAUCCGCAACGUGGCAAAGCAGAUGCAAACCAACCUUGACGAGCUGAUGACGUUUAAGGCUGUGGUGCGGUCUGAAUACAUGCAGUAUUUACGCACAUAGUGAAGAUUUGGGUUAUUUUGCAUUUUAUUAUUCCUAAUGUACAUACAUGUGUUGAAAGUUUGAGACUAAAAUCCAGAUUGCAUUUCUUCAUGCUAAACAUUUGUAGAACCAUGAUCUGGAUGGGGUCCAUCAGCUAUUCUUAUUUUAAAUGAUGUAAAUAUGGAUUCAGAACAUGAAAAAAAAAUUAUGUAUGUAUUGUAUGUCUGUCCUAAUUGGGUUUGUGUUUUUAUUUUACAUUUAAAGUGGUCCCUGCCUAGUACAUGUAUAGAGAACAUAAUCAGAAAUCAAAUUUGCCACACAAAUCUGCAAAAUGGCUAAACAAAUGCAGGCCAGCCUUGACACUGAUGGUGUAAUGGAAGCUGCUGGCAUGUAGAACAGGAUGUAUAUAUAAAGUACACGUAUAUACUAGUUGCAUACUACAGUUUAAAUUUUAGCAAUUCUUAUUAAAUAUAACACAUAAUCUAGUGUUUUUGAAUUUUUGUUAUGUUACUGAAAGUCUCUGGGUUAAUGACUCUAGUUCAGUAAGCACAAUUCCUUAAAAGUGUUGUUAAUAUCUAACACUUUAAAUCAAUGUAGACUUUGAAUAGUUUCUAUAACAUUUCAUAAUUUUGUAAAUCAUUCCGCAUGCAAUAUUUGCAUAAUCCGGUUCAAAAUUAUACUGUAUACAUUUUUAUAAUAGUUUGAAGAUCCACUGAUCAGUAAAAUGUAUGUCAUGUAAGAACGCCAAUAAAAACAUCUGGAAUGGUCUAAGAUAUUAUUAUUAAGUUAUUGACAUCAGCACUAAGUGACGUACAAGUAAACAUUCUACCUUAAAAGUGUUAAGUAGCCUUUCAUCCGUAUAGUAAAUACAGCUUUGUUGUUUGCUAAGGUUAACUAAGUAAAAC